AUGGAAGUCUCAUCCUUCUUCACCCGUCUCCUUCAGACCCCAAAGCAGCAACAGCCCACCGCAGCUCCCGACAGCUUGCAGGACUUUGACCGUGCGUGGCUUGAUAUCAAGGAGACCUUGGAGCGCCCCGAUGAGAGGCAGCUGGUUAGAGGUAUAACGUCGACUCAAGUUCCAAAUCACCUCCGGCACAUUGUAGACGCUCUUGUAUACGAGAGCAAUAGAACAGAUGAAGAGCAAGUUGGAACUGGCGCUUGUCUCGAAUACUUUCUCAAGAAUGAUAUACUAGCCAACCUGGAGAAAUUAUGCGAAAGAGAUAGACCGCAUGGAAUCAAGGCCGAGGUUCUGAAGGCCAUCAAUAACCUCGUUGUCCUCCUCUCCGAACGAUUCCUCAUUCAUAAUGCCGUCCACCGCCCUUUGAGAAGGCUACUACGGUCAUGCAUAGGAGACGAGCCAGAGGAAAAGGUUGAUGGUGGUGCGAGAGUUGUGGGGGCUGCGGGGAUGAGUGAUAUGGCUGAAAGAAGAGCUGGUAACGAAGAUAUUGAAGGGGAUCUGGUGGAUCUGAUGUGUGUGCUCUGCUCAAAGAUGAGAGCUUAUCCGCCACUACUACUCAUCUUCUUUCACGACAAGGGCUGGUUACAACCCGGUCGGUCAACAGAGCCUGCUCUUGACCGGGUCAUGUCUCCAACCCCUUCUACAAUGUCCAAUUCGUCAACAAAGGCGUCCACCAAAGCCCAACACACCUUUGAAUUCCUGUUGUUCUCCUACCUUCUCCGUUUUGUGCAUCGGGAGGGCCGUCUGGGAGACUUUGCCCGCGCUGGUCUGAUCUUUCUCUUUGACAUUGCCUUCUUGACUGCAAACGAGGAGGGAGGUGAAAAUUUGUCAAUGGGCGGAAAAGAUGGCGUGGAUCCGCUGCAGGAUGCUCGAGAUGUCUUGGGAGAGUUUAUCCUGGACGGAGACUUUGCGGAUGUCAUGGCGGCAGCUCUCGGCGCUGUAUACUCUAUGCUGCCUACAAAGCUUCGAGUCCCUUCACUAGCCAGUCGGCAGAUGUCGGAUGAGGACGACAAGGGAACAACGUCAGGCGGAAUGUUUUUGGGAUCUAGUCUGACAAUGGACGAAGACGAAGAGGAUAUGCCCUCGUUUACCGACGAACACGUCCAAUUCCAACUUGAUCUCUUGCUCAAGCUCUUCGGAUUCCUGCAAGACAUCAUCCACAGGUGCAAUUCUCCACUAUUGCACGCCGACCCUGAUUCGUCGAAAGUGAGCACGACCCUCGUCCUUGGAGGAGCUAUCGUCGAAUCAACACUUGACGCCAUACAAUCGUCCUUCCUAGACAACGUCCUCUAUCCGGCUGUGCUUGAAUGCUCGAGUCUUGACGGUAGCUCUGUGGCCAUCCUCACCUAUCUCGACGCCAUCUUUUCCAAUGUCGACGAUGGACCUGUCCUUGAUAGGAUUGUGUCUUUCUUGAUGGACACCAACGCGACUGGUCCUUCGGUAGCUGUGCCUGCCGUUGCUCCCAUGUCAAAGAAGGAGAAACGCAAGACUGGCGCGAUGGGGUUUAUGGGUCAACUUAACACCACAACCGACUAUUUUGCAGCCGAGGGGAGAUUUACACUCAAGGAUCUUAUCCUCGAUAAUCUCCGCGCAGAUGACUGGGCAGCCACGAGUGCCGCUUUGAGGCUUCUGCAUACCCUCUUCUCCGAGCACUCUAUACAAUCUACGAAAGGCCUGUUGUCUUUUGUGCGCGACUCGGCGGCCACGGCCCUCGCGCGCAAACCAAUACCCAGCGAGCUCAACCUGCUACCACCGGGGGAGUCUCUCCUACCCCAGUCAGUCAACUUUGUGGAUAUCCAACUACAAGAGACCGGACUUUAUGGCUCCCUUCUAUCUCACAUCGAUCCCUCACAGGGAUCAAUAGAGCUUUCACCAGGAUUCGCAGGGUACUUGACAGACAUGCAAUCUGCUCUGGAAGCCAAUCCCUCCUACCGCCUCUCCCAAUACCGUAAAGCCCUCCCGUUCAUUCCCGAAAGUGAAAAAGCUCGCGUUUCCCGCCAUAUCAUCGAUGCCGACCCUAUUCAACAUCGCCUCUCCCCCUCCGACCCUCUUCUUCGCACCAUUCUCCACGAGUUCGAGAGAUUCUUGGAAAAGAUUCCGGAUCAAAAUUUGGCCAUGACGGGCGUUUUGACGAGUCUGGCACUUUGCCCGGAGAGGUCGUUGGCGGGGUGGAUGUUGUAUGACAAGAGUGAGAGGGGAGAGGUAGAUCCCUGGGCAAAAGUCGAUCGGGAAGCGGCAUCCGAGUCUUCAUUGUCUGACGCAGACUCUGACUCUGACGAUUCCAUGUCUGAAGAGGCAUCGAGCGCGCCUAACGCUCGCGCUUCCCUCUCCCUUCCAGCGUUGUACCAAGUUCUUCGAUCUCUUACGAAGCAACUGUCCUACAUCCGCUCCGACAUUCUGGAAGAUCCUGAUCUCUUUGAUCGUCUUUUGGCUGAACGCAGGCAAGGCCUCUUAUUCAAAGACCACCUGGACGAAGCCAUGAAUGUCAUGCUCGACGUCGAUACCUUCUCUCCCUCCACCCUAUUCGGCUCUCCCGCCCCGGGAACUCCAAACACCCCAAGCACACCCCAGAAUUUGUUUCAGAACAAGCUCAAACCGCGUACGAGCGGGCUGGCGAGCUCAAUCAAGUCGUUCUUGACACCCAAGAAGAAGACGCCAGGAAACACUCCCAGUGGGACACCGGGGUUCCUCUCGCCCGCUGGUAGGACACCUUCGCUGGCGUCUGGCUUGGGUCUUGGUAUGGCGCUGGGCGAUGAUGACCAAGCACCAGAGACGCCUCCCAAGGAUCCGUCGACGAUCCCCUCCCCCUUCUCCCGACCUGCCUUCACCAGCCCCGCGCCCCCCAGCCAGUCGGCUGCCCCGUUCAAAAGCCACUACGACCAAACUCUACAAACCCUUUCCCUCUCCGACGCGUCCAGUGGUGAAGCGAUUGUCCAAGGCCCAUGGGCUGCUCCGGCUCCUUCCUACAAUGUGCGUCAUCGACGGAACAGGAGUGUCAAGGAUAUCAGUAUGGCUGGGGAUGACGCUUUCACUCAGACUACUGGGGAGAGGGACGAGAUUGAUGAGCUCGGGGAGCUGUCAAUGAUCGCUGGCGAGGAAGACGUGGGAGAGGAGCAAAAGGAAAGAAAGCAAGUGUCGUUGAGUAUGGUGUUGGACAACUGUGUCAUUCUGGAAGAGUUCUUGAAGGAGGUUGUAGCGGUCGUUGUCGCAAGAAGAUCUAUAGGUGUCGACCAAGUCGGGUAUAUCUGA